AUGAGUGACUUUUCCUCAUAUAUAGAACCGCCAGUCAGGUACUCCAUAUAUGCUGAUGAUAUUAUAUUAUACGGCCAAGGUAGAGUCACAGAUACUACCAGCACUUUGCUACAAAAUGCAAUAAACAAAAUAGACACCUGGCUUACGCGUUUUGGAUUUGUGUUUUUAGCUCCUGAAUCCAAAGUAAUUCAUUUUACUAAAAAGCAUAGACCCUCUAAACAGACUUUGUUUACAAACAGUUAAUUAUUUGACAGUUCUUGGUACCACCUUUGAUAAAAAGCUUAUCUGGAGACAGCAUAUUCAGAAACUUAAAGGAAACUGUACCCAAAGAAUGAAUUCACAUAAAUCUCUUUCUAGCUUCUCUUGGGGAGCUGAUGAAGAAUCUCUCCUUAAAUUAUAUAGAGCGUUAAUUCGCUCUACGCUAGAUUAUGGCAGUAUUAUUUAUAUGACAUCUAGUAGCUACCUAUUAAAAUCUCUAAACACGAUUCAAAAUACAUUCCUACGACUAUGCCUUAGUGCUUUCAAAUCAAGCCCCGCUAAAAGUCCCGCUAAAAAGCCAUCACUCCAUCUAAGAAGGCAGCAGCUCCUACUUUCAUACUUUGCAAGAAUAUUAGCAAACCCAAUUAACCCGGUAAUAAAUGUAAUCAAUCCCAUAGAGCCUCCUCCAGCAAACGCAUCCGAUCAGUCUCUCACAUUACCACAAAUAUUAUCUCCUUUAUUAGAUUCCAUCAACCUUUCCAAUACUACUUCUAUUUAUACCCCCAAGACAGCUCCAUGGAUGCACAAUCUUCCAAUAAUCAAUACUGGUUUAUGCAGAUUCGACAAAACAGAAACCCCAAACUCAAUCCUUAGAAAAUCCUUUCAAAACAUCCUCAAUUUGAUGGAAUUUUAUACACCGAUGCGUCCAAAAAUGAAGACUGUUGUGGCUCUACUGUGGCCACAUUAACGACGACAAUAAGCUCUGUGCGAUUGCCUAAAAACUGUAGUAUCUACACAGCAGAAUUAUAUGGAAUACUCCAAGCAUUAAAGACUUCAAUCCAUCCUACAUCAAAUGAAAGCAUAAAAAUCGCCAUUUGUACUGAUUCUCUUUCCCCGAUUCAUUCCAUAAGAUGCAUUUUCUCGAAAAACUCACUAGUCCAGGAAAUCCACACCAUCUGUA